AUGUCGUCGCCACGUUCCUCGCUGUCGUCGUCUGGUUCGUCGUCGGCCUCGUCCGACCGGGAUAGGUUACAUGAGGUUCAAACCCCUGCUGCAGAUGUUGCGCGCCGAGACUACUUUGUUGACGACGACGACCGUCAGUUCGAGCCCAUUCGAACUUUCACUCGUGAUGAGGAUCGACCACAACUAGCCCAUCUCGCCUCGCUUCUGUCUCGUAAUGUCACCAGGCCCUCGACCCACGACACUGCUGGUAGACAGUCAACCCUGGAGCGCAAGGACACUCUCGCUGGCCUUGAGGGCGAUGAUCCUGUCUUUGACCCGUCAUCACCUUCUUUCGACUUCUACAAAUGGGUUCGCUUUUUCAUGAGGCAGAUGGAAAUCGAAGGUAUCAAACAUCGACGUGCUGGUUUCACAUUCAAGAACCUCAACGUUACCGGUACAGGGUCGCCUAUCCACCUACAGCAAACAGUCUCCUCCAUGUUCUUGGCUCCACUGCGCUUUCGAGAGAAUGCCGGAGGUAAGGAGGAAAAGAAGAUCCUGCGCGACUUCAACGGCUGCGUCAAGGACGGUGAAAUGCUUAUCGUUUUGGGCAAACCCGGCUCCGGUUGCACCACCUUCCUUAAAACCAUGACCGGCGAGACGAAAGGCCUUAAUGUUGCAAAGGGUUCCUCCUUGCACUACAACGGUAUUCCUCAGGACAUCUACAAGAAGGAACUCAGAGGCGAUGUUUGCUACAACGCAGAGAAUGACCAGCACUUCCCUCACCUGACGGUGGGAGAAACACUCGAAUUCGCGGCCAAGGCCCGCACUCCCUCCACCAGAGUGCGUGAGCUGGGUCGUGACGAGUUCGCACGCCACGUUGCUGCUGUGGUCAUGACCAUCUUUGGCCUGAGCCAUACGUACAACACAAAAGUCGGCAACGAUUAUGUCAGAGGAGUCAGCGGCGGUGAGCGAAAGCGUGUUUCCAUAGCAGAAAUGGCGCUCAGUGGGUCGCCAAUCUGUUGUUGGGACAACUCUACCCGUGGUCUAGACGCUGCCACUGCCCUCGAGUUCACACGUGCACUUCGUGUUUCGGCCAAUGUCGGUGGCGCAACGCAUGCUGUUGCCAUCUACCAAGCCAGUCAGGCCAUUUAUGACCUCUUCGACAAAGCAGUCGUCCUGUACGAGGGACGUCAAAUCUACUUCGGCCCCGCCAAAGAAGCCAGGAAAUAUUUUGAGGAUAUGGGAUACGAUUGUCCCGUUCGUCAAACCACCGGGGAUUUCCUGACAUCUGUCACGAAUCCGUCCGAGCGUCGUGCCAAAGAAGGCUUCGAGUCAAAGGUGCCCCGUACACCGGAUGAGUUUGAGAGAUACUGGAAGCAAUCCGAAAACUUCAAGAGGGUCAUGGCCGAGAUUCAAGAGCAUGAAACCGAGCACCCCAUCGGAGGCAGCGACACCAUUGAUACGUUCCGUGAAGCCCAUCACCAAGCUCAAGCCAAGCACAUCCGUCCCAAGUCGCCCUAUGUUAUUUCCAUCCCUAUGCAGAUCAAACUCUGCACCAUUCGUGCUUAUCAACGGCUUUGGAACGACAAGACGAGUACCAUCACAAAGGUCGUCUCCCAAAUUAUCAUGUCGCUGAUCAUCGGUUCCAUUUUCUUUGGCACUCCGAACAGCACGGCCGCAUUCUUCUCCAAAGGCUCAAUUCUGUUCUUCGCCAUCCUCCUCAGCGCAUUGAACUCCAUUACUGAAAUCAAUGGCCUCUAUGAGCAGCGGCCCAUUGUGGAGCGCCAUGUCAAUUUCGCCUUCUAUCACGCCUUCUCGGAAGCCAUCGCAGGUAUAGUGAGCGAUAUACCUAUCAAAUUCUUGGUAUCCGUCUUCUUCAACAUCAUCCUCUAUUUUCUAGGUGGUCUGCGAUACGAGGCAGGGAACUUUUUCCUCUUCUAUCUCUUCACGUUCAUCACCUCUCUGACAAUGAGCGCCAUAUUUCGCACCCUAGCGGCUGCGACCAAGCAGAUAUCGCAAGCCCUGGCUUUUGCAGGUAUCAUGGUGCUUGCAAUUGUUAUAUAUACCGGUUUCACGAUCCAGAGAAGAUACAUGCAUCCUUGGUUCAAGUGGAUCUCCUGGAUCAAUCCUGUGGCCUAUGGAUUCGAAGCGAUUCUUAUGAACGAAGUCCAUGGCGUUCGGUACGAGUGUGCUACAUUAGUACCACCCUAUGGCCCACAAAUAGGGCCUAACAAUUUUGCCUGUGCUGUCCAGGGAGCCAGGAUUGGAGAGUUGACCGUCUUGGGCGACGACUGGGCGGAUUCACAGUAUGGCUAUCGGUACACACAUGUCUGGCGCAACCUCGGAUUUCUGUUCGCGUUCCUCUUAUUCUUUUGGGCAGUGUACUUCACUGCAACCGAGCUUAACUUCUCUUCCGCAUCCAGCGGCGAGUUUCUGGUCUUUCGACGAGGUCACGUACCGGCUUACCUUACCAAAGGCUCGGAUGAGGAGACGCUGCAGGAAAAGGAGAUGACGUCUUCCUCUACUGGUGGCUCAACCGGGAAGACGCAGCAAGACGAUGCAGUCAAUGCCAUUCCGGCACAGAAAGACGUUUUUACUUGGCGAGAUGUCGUCUACGAUAUACAGAUCAAGGGCGAACCCCGGCGUCUGCUUGAUCAUGUCAGCGGAUGGGUCAAACCGGGCACACUGACAGCGCUCAUGGGCGUGUCUGGAGCUGGCAAGACCACCUUGCUUGACGUCCUGGCCCAACGGACGAGUACUGGCGUUAUCACAGGUGACAUGCUGGUGAAUGGCAAACCUCUCGAUGCGAGCUUCCAGCGAAAGACUGGGUACGUUCAGCAGCAAGAUCUGCACCUCGAGACUACCACAGUUCGGGAAGCACUGCGCUUUUCCGCCAUGCUUCGGCAGCCCAAGAAUGUUUCGAAGGAGGAAAAACACGCUUACGUCGAAGAGGUCAUCAAAAUGCUUCACAUGGAAGACUUCAGCGACGCCGUUGUCGGCAACCCGGGCGAAGGUCUGAACGUGGAACAACGCAAGCUUUUGACUAUUGGCGUGGAGCUGGCCGCCAAACCUGCUUUGCUACUCUUCCUCGACGAACCAACGUCUGGACUCGACUCUCAGAGCUCCUGGGGCAUCGUGGCUUUCUUGCGCACAUUAGCCGACAACGGCCAAGCGGUUCUCGCCACCAUCCAUCAGCCUUCAGCCAUCCUCUUCCAAGAAUUCGACCGUCUUCUGUUCCUAGCCAAAGGAGGCAAGACUGUGUAUUUCGGUGACAUCGGCCACAACUCGAGGACCCUGCUCGACUACUUUGAGGGGAACGGUGCUCGUCAGUGCGGCACCGAGGAGAAUCCAGCCGAGUACAUGCUCGAGACGGUGGGUGCCGGUCCCAGCGGCAAACCAACCGCCGACUGGCCUGGAAUCUGGAAGGACAGCACACAGGCAACUGGUGUGCAACGAGAGCUGGAUCGCAUUCACGCCGAGAAAGCCAAGGAACCUCCUGCUGGCGACGGCAAUUCCAGCAGUCAGUUUGCGAUGCCGUUUGGCAUCCAGGUCGCGGAAACGAUGAAGCGCGUCUUCCAGCAAUACUGGCGCACACCGGCCUACAUCAUUGGCAAGGUUGCACUGUGUACCAUGUCGGCAUUGUUCGUUGGCUUCAGUUUCUUCAAGCCGAAUUCUUCCUCUACCGGUCUUCAGAAUGCUCUAUUCUCAAUCUUCAUGAUGACGACCACCUUCUCGACCCUGGUGCAACAGAUCAUGCCGCGCUUCGUCCUCCAACGCUCCCUCUACGAAGUCCGCGAGCGGCCGAGCAAAGCGUACUCAUGGCAAGCCUUCCUCAUCUCCAACAUCAUAGUCGAGAUCCCCUACCAAAUCCUCGUCGCCAUCAUCGUCUGGGCCUGCCUCUACUUCCCCGUCUUCGGCGCCCACCAAAGCUCCGAGGUCCAGGGCCUCUUCGUCCUCUACUCGAUCCAAUUCCAGAUCUUCACCUCGACCUUCGCGCACAUGCUCAUCGCGGGGCUCCCCGAUGCCGAAACCGCCGGCGGCAUCGCCACCACGCUCUUCUCCCUCAUCCUCACCUUCAACGGCGUCCUCCAACCUCCCGACAACCUGCCCGGCUUUUGGCUCUUCAUGUGGCGCGUCUCCCCUCUGACCUACAUCGUCGGCGGCCUCGCCGCCACCACCCUCCACGGCCGCCAAGUCCACUGCGCCGACAAUGAACUCGCCGUCUUCGACCCCCCAUCGGGCCAGACCUGCGCCGAAUACCUGAGGGAAUACCUCGCGCAGGCGCCCGGUCAGCUGUAUAAUGGCGACGCCACGGCGCGCUGCGAGUACUGCCCCAUCAGCAACGGCGACCAGUUCCUCGCGGGCAGCCGCAUCUCGUGGGACCAGCGGUGGCGCAAUUUUGGGAUUGGCUGGGCGUACAUCGGCUUCAACAUCUUUGCGGCCGUGUGGCUGUAUUGGUUCUUCCGGGUGAGGAAGAGGGGCAGUGGGGGAGGCGCGAAGAAGUGGUUGGGGAAGCUGGUGUGGUACGUGUCGCAGGCUGGGUGGUGGGUUAGGCAUCUGUUUGUUCGGCACCCGGCGGGGUAUAAGGAGGACUUGGCAAAGGUGGCAACUAAUGACAAGGUGUUCUGA